CAUAACUCUCUCAUUUCUCACUCAAACUUAGUGAUUCAAAGUUCAUUGAGCUCGUGUUGAAGUUGUCUAUCCUGCAUUCUCAUCGCAUUUAUCUCGAAUCCUGUGUAUCUCAAGAUGACAGAAAUAACAGCUGCCUUGGCCCAAAAGAAGGAGGUUCAGAAGAAGGAGAACAAGGGUACAGUAAGGCCUCAGAAAAGCCUGGUAGAACAAGCAAGACCAACAAAAAGGUCACCAAGAAAAGUGAUGGUGAGCCGGCUGCAAAGAGGGAAAAGAACACUGAGCUUGCCCUUGUUGUUGUACCUGAUCCAAAAGGCAAGGGAAAUCAAGUGGCUAUAGCUUCUGAUGACGAAAACACAGAAAGUGAUGCUGAGAGAGAGCUAACUCUUGAACCGGCUCCUAAAGGUGCUCAAGAAGCCAAGAAGAAAGACAAAAAAGGCUGAGAAGCAAGAACAGUGUCUGCUCACUGUGGAGGAAUACAUGCAUCAAUUCAACAAGGCAAAAGUGGCUCAAGGAAGAUUUCCUGAUGAGGAGUUGUUGAGCAAGCUGUGGAUUGUUGAGGAUGUAAAGCUCAUUUUUCAGAAUAUGGGUAUGGAAGCAUUCUUUGAGAUGAGAGAGGUGGUUCAUGAUGGUAUCACACAGCAGUUCCUUGCUUCCCUAGAGGUGUAAAUCUAUGGGAAGAGAUACCCAAAGAGACCUCAAGGAAAAGGAUUUGGUCACAUGGAGUUUAUGAUCAAUGGAGUGGAGUACUAUGAAGUGGGGUUUAGAGAGGUUGAUGAGAUCUUUGGUUUCACUAAAGGUGGAAGUUAUUAUGAGAAUUUUGGGUACCCAAAGAAGGAGAUUGAAGCUUUAUGGGACACUAUUGCAUUUGGGGCUUAUGUAGGAGGAAAGAGCAAGACCAGCAGGAUUAAGAAUCCGGCGAUCAGAUAUGAAAACAGAGUUUUGGCGUGCAUGUUCUUCACCACCUACAACCCUGGAGUGAUUCACUUGCAUGAGAUGGAGCUUUUAGGGUUUAAAACCAUUCAUCACCCACGCCAAGAACAAGAAUGAGUUUGAUGAUCCUUACCAAAUCCCCUCUCUUGGCGCCUUCUUGUCAAUUCAAAUGCUUGUGUACAGAGAGAAUGUGUGGUGUGACAGGAGAAAGAGAGGGCUUAGGAGACUGCAAAAUGGAUGGCUUGUGACGAAGAUCCUGAGGGCAAAAGGAUUUGAGUUUUCUGAGACUAAAGCUAAGCCACAGCUGAUUGAUGAAGGAUAUCUAAGCAAAAGUGUUUCCUUUGAGGAAAAAGUUGACAACAGCUGGGCUUACAACUUCAAGCUACUUCAGGAAGAGAAUGUGCAAGUCCUCUUGCCCAACAGAGCGAUCAGUUCACUCCAAGAGAGAUGUAAUGUCUCUUUCAUCCUCCUUAAGGACCAGAUCUAUAACCCAUCAAGGGAUCCUCCACUUCUCAAGUGCAAAAAGGAAGAGAAAGAUGAAUCAAGUAAGCUCCAUGAUGAGCCUCCAGCUGCUGAGUCUGAUGGUGAUGAAACCCAAGUUCCACCGAGAAGAAUGGGUGAAAACCGAUACCACUUUGACCCAUAUGUUUGGGGUUCACCUGAUUAUCACACACGCAAGAUCAACAGCAGAGUUAAUGGUCUUCAGCAGUGGUGUAAGUGGCAGGACAAGACAAUCCACAAGCUUGUCAGGUGUGUGAGGCAUCUUAAGAAGAAGGUCAAGAAGCUCACAGCACCUGCCUCACCAGAGAAGAACUCGGAAACAUCUCGAGCACCGGUUCAAAGAGAAGAUAUAGGAGAGAGAGUUCCACAGCUUGUGCACCUGAGUUGCCACCUGGUAAAGAAGCUUGGAUUGAUCCAGCAACAGCCUUUCUCCCUGAGUCACCAGAAAGAAGCCCACCAAUGGAGCCAUCUCCAUCAUGUUCCACCUCCAACCCUUCAUAAUAUGUGGGGUCUAACCUCAGUGAUUAGUUACCACCUUCAAACCUUUGUAUAUAUGCAUGCAAUACUUGGAGUGGAUAGAGUGAACCAGGUGAAGAAAUGGAGUUUAAAAGAUCAAAGUGGUGAAAACCAAGAUUCGGAGUCCAUCGGCAAAACCAUGCACCGCAGGAAGCAAAACACCGGCUAA